AUGGAAAGACAAAUCUACAGGCUCAUCCAUUUUAAGGAAGAUACCAGAAUAGGAGAUCUAACAAUCUGGGCACAUGAAGUCGAAGAAAGACUUUCAGCCCUUCACACGCACCCAGCAAAAAUCUCAAAAAUAAAAUGGGAAAAAGAUCCGCCACAGGGUAAAGAUCUCGAAACAUAUACAGACGGCUCCAAAAUGGAGAACAAGGUAGGAGCAGCAUUUGUAGCAUUCCUAAAUAAUGAGGAAAUCUACAAAGAACAAUACAGGCUAAAUGACGAAGCCACAGUGUUCCAGGCGGAGGUCUUAGCACUUAAAAGAGCGCUCCUCUGGAUAGAUCAAAGGACAGAAAACACGCAUAGGAUAUUUACUGACAGCUUAAGCACACUUCAGAGCUUAAAUAGUAUACAACAAAGAUCAAGAAGCAUCAUUAGUCUAAAAGAGAUGAUACAUACCAUAAGGGAUAAUAAAGAUCUCGAACUAAAUUGGAUUAAAGCCCACGUUGGGAACAAAGGGAAUGAGAGGGCGGACGAAGAAGCCAAAAAGGCCACACAAAGAUCCUCAAUCGACAUAACAGUUCCCCUGUCGGAACAGUCGGCAAAAUCUAAGAUCCUACAAGAAACACUAAGGACAUGGCAGGAAAGAUGA